UCGCAUUUGUGGUGGAUUCUCUCAUAGUACAUGCUACAUGCUUCAAAUUGUCUUCGAGGAAACUAUCAGUACAACCGAGGAUGGGAUCCCACUAACGUCUUCGACAAAACUUGCAGUUAUCGUCUUACCAAAAAAAGUUCCGUUCUUUCUUUUACUUCAUCUAAUGACAGCGUAACAACACAAGGACGCAAGAAAGAUCGCUUGACAUCUUCACCUUGUUGUGGGAAACUAGAAGUAACCAGAAAACCUCAAUUCAAGUGAAAAGGAAUGCUGUCGGUGAAGGUGGAGGUAGAAGCACCAAUGUUGUUCGACAAUGUGAUAGGAGGGAGGCUGAAGCUGAAGGGGAAGGCGCUGGAUGUGAAGGCCGGAGGAAUUAAGAAGAAAAAGAAGAAGAGCAGCCACACGCAACAGCAUUAUGGGAUUCUGACAGGGCUGGAAGACGCUGAACGACAAGCACUCAACUCAUCUGAAGCAGAUACUGGCUCUGACGGAGGUAACCAAAAUUACGAGGAUCGCGAGAGAAAAGAGAAACAGCCAAGUGCUGUUAAUGACUACUUGACGCCGGCAGAAAGGAGAUAUCACGAGCAGAGGGCGAGAACGGAAGCCGGACGCUUAGCUAAAAUCGCCAGAAAAAGCCAUCGACAGAGAGUGGAAGAGUUCAAUCAGUAUUUAGCUAACCUAAGUGAACAUUAUGACAUUCCUAAAGUCGGUCCUGGUUGAGACAGUAGGUAUCCUUCUCGUAUUCUUACUUGGAAUCCUCCGGUUCUGCUCAAGGUCUGCAAAACUGUGAAGGAUAGUUGUAGCAGUUUUGUAUCUGAUAUAUUAUGUUGAAUUCACACACGUACUCCAGAGCUUGUACUUUUGUCCUAUUUAGAAUCAAUAGUAGAUGUUGGCCUGAAGCUGACUUCGAACUUAGCACA